AUGACGAUCAGAGAUCCGCCCCAGUUCCCUCCUGGUGAGGGCCUCGCGCCUCAACAGGACAUCCUGAAGCCGCUGUCCGACGGCGAUAUGGUACCGACCCCCAAGCCGGCGUCGGUCGCAAACACCUCGUCGACCCUGGGACCGAGAAGCCAGGCUAAAGUCGCAAUCCCUCGGUCUCGGGGGGGAUCGCCCCAAGAUACAACCGCCGUGUACCGCGUGCUUGCGAGUCGUGUCGCGCACGCAAGACAAAAUGUAGUGGUGAUACCCCGACAAGUGGACAAGCUUUCCGAGAAAGCACAAGAUUAUGAGAAUCUUUUGAAGGAUUUGGGUCAUUUGGUUGAGACUCGUGCUGCAGACCGUAUCAAGAGCUUGCUGGACAAGCACGGCACGGAUGUUGAAUACUCCUCCAACAGCAACCAAUCCCAUUCCGUCACGCCAAACGAUGACGUUGCAGAAGCAGAAGCAGAAGCAGAAGCAGAAGAAAAUGACUUCAGCUCACCCUCUUCCAUUGGAUCGCUUGAAGCAAUCGAUCGCGCGGAAGAAGAUUUGAACCGCAAUGAAAACUCGAGAGCAACCGGGUUUAUGGGCAAGAUCUCUGAGGUUACGUGGAUGCAACGGCUUCAGCGAGAGGCUGUACACCGGUCACAUGGAUUGCCUGGGUCAUUGGAGGCAGGCCAGAGCAAGCAGCAGGACGACGAUCUCGCCCUGCAUGCUGUGAGUUACCACCUGGAUGACCUCGACAUUUCUGUACCCGGACCUAUCGAACUCUACGCUAUGCCUCCUCGACAUAUGGCCGACAAGCUGUUCGAAGAUUACCUAAGGACUGUGCAUCCGUUCUUCCCCAUCAUCAACCGACCGCUGUUCACCGCACAGUACCGAACAUUCUUCGACAGCAAUGCACGACCCGGUGACAAGUGGAUUGCUAUCUUGAACAUGAUCUUCGCUAUUGCAACGAAACAUGCCCAUCUUCUGGAAGCACCGUGGCGUGGAGAUGAACGGGAUCAUCUAGUCUACCUGACCCGGGCCAGGAUUCUGAGUAUGAAUGGCGAUGUGCUGUUCAGCCAUCCUGAUCUCCAGCAGGUUCAGGUCGAGGGCCUUAUUGCUUUCUAUCUACUUGCAUCCGACCAGAUUAACCGGGCAUGGCGCAUCUCGUCUUUGGCGGUGCGGUCUGCAAUCACUCUCGGCAUCAAUAUGAAGAGCAGCAGCCCGACGACUCCGAACAUCUCCAAAGAGGCUCGCUACCGGGUUUGGUGGUGUUUAUACACAUUCGAGCAUAUGCUUGGUAUCAUGACUGGCCGAGCUACUUGCAUCCUGGAUGGCAUAUGCACCACCCCCUUGCCAAUUCCCUUCGAAGAAGAACAGUUGCAUGAGCAAUCGGCCGCAGAGCUCCUCAACAAAAGUCAUCUCCGAGAUGAACGCAUCAAUAGGGUCAUGGCUAGCGCGUGGGUUCGACACAUGCCGCUGAACCCCGCCGGCGGCAAGGAACUCUCACACCCGUCCCGUAAUCGUGACAACUCGUGGGUGAAAAGCCUCCCUUUCAACUCGGGCCUCUCCUAUCUGUUCUACUGUGACCUAGCCGUGAUCGUGCAAGAAAUAAUCAACAGGGUAUAUUCGAUGGAUUGCGUGAUGGUACCGUGGACACAUAUCGAGAAUCGGAUCGGCGAGCUGCGCUUCCGAAUCGAUCUCUGGUACCACAGCAUUCCUCCUUUCCUCGACUUCACCCGCAAGGAAGAAGAUGGCCCGGAGCUGCUCCGCGCUAAGCUCGCGCUCGCUUUCCACUACUACAGUGCGCAGAUCACCCUUGGUCGCCCAUGUCUCUGCCGGCGCGACGCACAGCAGAAAAAGUCCGCCCACGAUUCGAACUUCAGCCACGAAAUGGCUGUCUUGACACUCGAGGCAGCGGAGCGCAUGCUGGACCUGAUCCCCGACGAGCCAAACGCAAUUCAGCUCUACGAGAUCUCCCCCUGGUGGUGUAUCCUGCACUACCUAAUGCAAGCAACGACAGUGCUCCUCCUUGAGCUCUCCUUCGGCACCGUGCACGUACCCGCGUCAGAACAGAACAUUAUUCUUCAAUCCAAGAAAGCCGUCCGCUGGCUCUACGCCAUGUCCGACUACAGCAUCGCCUCGCGCCGCGCCUGGCAGCUCUGCGACAUUAGCCUGCGCCGCCUCGCCGCCGGCAUGAAGUUCGACGUCAGCGACAUGCCCUCAAGCAGCUAUCACCCGGCACCAGCAUCCACACUCUCCCUCACCGACCCCCAGGACCAGGACCAAAACAUUACGCAAGCAGACCCCGGUUUCUGGGGCACCGGCCUGCAGGACUUGUCUUUAAGCAAUCAGGGCUCGGGGGCAGCCCAGGACCCGAUUCCGGCAGACUUGUUCCAGUACCCUACCUCGGACUCGAUGGCUUGGCUUGUGGCCGACAGCCAGGCCACGGAUGAACUGUAUUUCCCGUAUGAUCCUAUCAGCGGCGAGUUUAUUCGCUCGUUCUUCCCGCACGCCAAUGAAGAUGAAACGUGGGAUCAGACUUGA